GUGUAACCCACAAUGCAUCAGAUCUCGUAAUUCAUCGCGAGAACUGACAUGGCAGAUUGGGAAGAAGUUAAAAGAUUGGCAGCAGAUUUUCAGCGUGCACAGCUUAGCAGCACUGUGCAAAAGCUGUCAGAAAGAAAUUGUAUUGAGAUAGUUUCAAAGUUGGUAGAACAGAACCUACUUGAUAUCAUUUAUACUACAGAUGGCAAAGAAUACCUUACUCACCAGGAAGUAUCCAAAGAAAUUAGGGAGGAACUUCAGGUUCAUGGAGGACGAAUCAAUCUUGUUGAGCUUCAAACAAUUCUCAAUAUUGACUUCAGCCACAUAGAAAGCAAAGUUAAUGAACUUGUGAAGAAUGACAAGUCUCUAAGAUUGGUUCUUGGUCAACUUAUUGAGAGGUCCUAUGUGGAUGGUCUUGUUGAGGAGAUAAAUGAUAAGCUACAUGAAACAGGUCAGAUCACUGUGGCAGAACUUACUAAGCUGUAUGAUUUGCCAGCAACUUUUCUCUCUGAGGUUGUCCAAGACUACAUAGGGAAGGGUAUAGAUGGAAGAUUGGAUGAGGCGAACCGUGGGGUGAUAUUCACAGAAUCUUUUGUAGCUCGGCAUCGAUCAAAGAUCCGUGGAGCAUUCAGCGCUGUCACCAAACCUACUCCUCUAAUGACUGUAAUAAAUCGGCUACAGCUACAAGAGCGUCUUUUUUAUUCCAUUCUUGAAGAAUUGGUGAAAGGAGGAAGGUUAGCUGGGGCAAUAAAUGGAGGACGCAAUGAUAAAUCAACCUACAUCCCUGACAUAUAUUCCAAAACACAGAAUGACUGGGUUUCAUCUUUCUAUAACCAGAAUGGUUAUUUAGAAUACGAUGCCAUGGCAAGAUUGGGUAUAACUGAUGCUAAGUCAUACAUCAAGAAAAACUUCAAGAAGGAAAAUGUGGUAUACCUGAGUACAUGUUGUGUUGGGAAGAUGCUACAAGAUCAGAUGGAGGCGCAGUUAGAUGAGGCUUUGAGCAGUUCAGGAUGGGUUGAUGCUCAGCCUUUCCUACCCUCAAUUCUUAGUGAGAAGGAUGCAAA